UUUGGAUUUUGUUUUCGUUUUUGCGGUUCGUUAAAAUGGGAAAAUCUGGUAAAAAACGGCGUGUUAAUGGCGAGAUAAGAACUGAGUCUGUCGCAGAACAACAAGCAGUCGAUGAUGCCGCUUCUGGUUCUGGAAAAACGAUAUCGAAACCAACGAUGGAAGAGUUUCUGCACAAGCAAUUAACUGAAGAUGAUCUGAAGACCCUUCUAGCAGGGGGCGUUGAAGAAGCUCCGAACAAAGCUCUUCCUAUCCACAUGGAGUUGGGUGUGGUAGAUGCGCUGAACAAGUUUUCGAUGGAGGAACGACGUCAUAGCUCCAAGUCAAGGUGCCAGUGGGGUGAAUGUAAAUAUCGCACCAGAAAUGAUCCCGAGUAUAUCUCGCACGUAGAGGGUCACGCCGAGACAAGCGAGAGAUCCCAGUACGGCAACUUUGCCUGCGAGUGGGAGGAUUGCGAUUAUUUGACGUCAAAGAGCGAGCAGUUCUUCUCGCAUCUCCAUUUUCACGGUUACCAUGGACAACUGAAGGCACACGCGAGAAGUGUGCACAAGCUGAUUGAUAUUCCCGUGUGCAACCGCGAUACGGACAACCGGAACAUGAUUUCCAAUCAUCCGACUAGCUUCGAGUGUGAAUGGCGCGAUUGCGAGAGUAGGUUCAUCAGAAUAUUGGACUUUUUCCGGCACGUCAUAAAUCACGCGAAUGAAGAGUUCAUGAAGAAUCGUGAGGAAAAUUCUGCCUGGUGCCGUUGGAAGCACUGUGAUUACAAGUUCACAGAUAGAACUCACAGAUAUCGUAAUCACGUAGCGACGCAUACCAAUCAAAAGGAUAUUGCAUGCGACGUUUGUGGUGCUAUGUUCAUUAAUCCAAGAAAAUACCUACUGCACGUCUGCCGACGAUUGGACCUUUCGCUCCGCAAACACCAAUGCCUAAAGUGUGGCAGGUAUUAUUCAACCAAAAAGCUGCUCGAGAAUCAUAAUUACGAAACACAUAGACCUCCCAGGCAUCUUUGUCCGCAUUGCCCCCAAAAAUUUCGGUCCCCACGCGAUGUGGCACAGCACAUUACGCGAAUUCAUAGAAAGGAUUUCCCUUUCGUCUGCGACAAAUGCGAGUAUAGAGCUCAAACUCAGCGUGCUCUUGCAGCUCAUGUGGACCGCCAUAAGGACGUGCUUCGAUGCACGGAAGCUGGGUGCAACUUGGCCUUCAAUUCAAAGCAAUCGCUAAGAACGCACCGUCUACAGCACUACGAUAUCCGACCGAAAUUGUUCGAAUGCCAUCUAUGCCGGCAGCAGUACCGGUUUGGGGCACAAUUGUCUAAACAUAUGUUCUUCACCCAUAAAGGGAAGCGCGAAACGAACGCUAUCCCACUGCGAUUCAAACCGGAUACCGAUGGAAUAUUUCGACUGCGCUCCUACGUGGACAGCAAAAUCGAUUGUUUGAGCUGAGUGCUGGUUCUGGUGGUCAAUUUUCCUUCACACAUUUCUUCACUUGUUUGUGA